UUAAAAAAAAAUCAUUGUAGAAAUGAAAUAUAGUUGUCAAAAACUAUCAUAUUGAAUAAAAAAUGCUCUUGCAGGUAUAUCUGCAUACAAAUAUCUUUUGUUUGAAAAUGCUUCAUCAAAUUUAAAUUUGUUGUUGAACAAACAAAGCCAUCAGACUUUCACAAAUCGUAACAAAAAUAUUAACGGUCACAACAAAAGUGGAUAAAAACACCACAACCAAACAAGGAGAAAGACCACCCACACAGUUCCUAUGAUGCAGAAUUAGCAUAUCCUGGCUGUGAUUGUGCAUGGUUAUGCAUUAACAGCCCAACGCUUUGACACGCUCUUUCUCAGUAUCUGUGCGCUCCGGCUGGGAGACACGCUGGAGUGGCUGCCACAGGGAUUAACAGCAUCCAGCGGAUGUGGCAUCAUGAGGACCAUGAUACCCAUAAAGCACUUCUGAACAGAGCCCGGCUUGCUAAUGAGUUUUAUUUUUUAAGUCUUUUUUUUUUUGCUCCUCUUCACCAAAUCCCAGAAUAAAAAGCACUUGUGUAUGAAGUGAAGAGCUCCAGCUCAACAAAGGACUUGCAAAAGAUSAAAUCCACUGACGUGAGGUAGGUUUUCUGAGAAUUUCUUUCCAUCCUCAGCGGGUCAUCUCAGUGGCACAGCUUGUGUACRUGUUGUAAAGACUUUGUUUCUCUUUGUGCCCUCCUCCAGCGCYUGUCAUCAUGCUGCUUAAAAGCUCUCUGCUAACGAACGACUCAUUCUGGGGCUCUUAGCCGUGUGUGAGGCAGAGGCAUGCUGGCCAGAAACGGAGAGAUGAGAGAAAACAGUUUUGGUGAUCUUUGGCACAGAACGUGAGCCCACUCUGCUUGGAAGGGAUUCCUGCCRAUAUGGAGACGUGUACCCGUGGAGAAAGCUGGACUUGGUCGGAUGGGGAUCUCGUCAGUURUUAUUUUUAUCUGACAUCUCUUGAGUGUAAUCUUUUGCAGGAUAGAGGAACCACUGAGUGAAACAGAUUUCGUUGAUUACCGCCAGCCGGCACCAUGGCUGACUCUCACUUGUCUGGCUCAGUGGGAAGCUCCAACGGCAGCUCUCCCACCACCAGCGACUGGAACGUCGCCGGCAGCGGCCCGUGGCUGUUGGCCUUUAUGCUGACCGUCAUCAUCCUGGUGACGAUCUGUGGCAAYGUAUUGCUCAUCGCCUUGGUGUUCGCCCACCGCUCUUUGCGCUGCACCUCAAACUGCUUCCUGGUUUCCCUGUUCUUCUCYGAUCUGAUGGUGGCCCUGGUGGUCAUGCCCCCCGCCAUGCUCAACGUGCUGUGCGGGGCCUGGGUGCUGUGGCCCGCUUUCUGCCCCGUUUGGCUUUGCUUCGACGUCAUGUGCUGCAGCGCGUCCAUCCUCAAUCUGUGCGUGAUCAGCCUGGACCGCUACCUCUUCAUCAUCUCGCCGCUGAGCUACAAGCAGAGGAUGACCCCGCCUCGCGCUCUUCUCCUGGUGGGGGCUGCUUGGGGCUUGGCUGCAUUGGCUUCCUUCCUGCCCAUYGAGAUGAAAUGGCAUAUUUUAGGCCACGGGAAGGAAUAUCUACCGAUUCCUGAAGCCGGUGUUAGUAACAUCUCUAUUUCUGACAAACUCUACCCAGAGUCCUACUUUCAGCUUUCGCCAUCAGGAGGCGUGUCAUUUCAGUGCCGCCUGCAGGUCACCCUGCCCUUUGCUCUGGUGGCGUCUGUGCUUACCUUCUUUUUGCCAUCCAGUGCCAUUUGCUUUACCUACUGUCGGAUCCUCCUGGCUGCAAGGAGACAGGCAAAAAGAGUUGCAGCACUGAGUCAYCCUCCUCAUCCGCAUCCCUCCCUCGAAGAACCUUCCCGGCCUCCUUCACCUACGUCUGGUGUAAGGCAAGCUGAUGAGCGGCGUCUCGCACACAGACAGGGUCGGAGGGCACUGAAGGCCAGCCUCACUCUGGGAGUUCUUCUGGGGCUUUUCUUCAGCGCUUGGCUGCCCUUUUUCAUCACCAACAUGGCUCAGGCAGUGUGCGACUGUGUCCCUCUUGAGCUCUUUGAUGCCAUCACCUGGCUGGGUUACUGCAACAGCACCAUGAACCCCAUCAUCUACCCGCUGUUCAUGAGGGACUUCAAGAGAGCUCUGGCAAAGCUCCUGCCCUGCUGUUCCUCGCGUUCGCCGAGGAGGCCCUCGCCUGCGCUCUCCAUCUCCCUGCGAAAUUCGGGAGAGCCCAACAUAGCCAGCAGCCCACCCUCGCCUCUGGCCUUCGAACCCACGCAACCCCCCGCCACCGCCACGGACGCCGUCAACCUGCUGGACGCCGAGCAUGCUGGGAUUGAGCUGCCUCUGCUUCUUCCCAAUCAGGUUGACACCCUGGACUGAAUAGUUAUGGAGGUAACCAUUGCAGUGCAGGUUUAAGAACAACACAGGGUACGUUCACACUGCAGGUCUUAAUGCUCAAUUCAGAUUUCUUGAAAAAAAAAUCCAGUCUUUUGGUGUAAAAGUUCACAUUACAUUUUAAAUGUCACCUGCAUCAGACGCCUGUGUGAACGCUUCACGGCACUGAUGUGAUGCGCAAAAGAUGUUCCGUCUAGUUCGAGUAACCCCCAGCUGCAAACCGCGGAACGGGGCGGGGUUGGAUAAUAGGCGGGGUCAGAUGUCUGACCCCGCCCUCAACUCUAAAAUUAACCUUUCCCAAUGUUUCAAGCCUCAUAUUCCGACAAGCUGUCACCACGCGCACUGUACGUCUGACCCCGCCCCGAUCCGUGGACUGCAACGGGGG